UCACUCAUAUAAAAUCAUGUCAACAGGCAGUUACUAGCAUUACCAGAAAUUAUUAUUGCGGAAUAGAGAACGUAUCUUUACAUGAUAUCAUCCAUGCGUUUCACGUUCGAUAUGCUGCUUGUGGCUGUUGGAUUGUUCUACCUACUGGUUCUUCCCGCGGAAUGUUGUCAAUGUCCAAAUGCUACAAGAGAGCAACGAUAUUGUAACAGUGAUUUUAGUUUAAUUGGGAUGCCAGUCGGCAAAUUCCUGUCAGACGAUAGAGUUUCCAUGGUCCAUGUCAUACGAGUUCGCAUGCUAAAUCAUUUACCGGCGAGCGAGAGUCCGCGUUACGUGGAGCUGGAGAGCCCAGUCAACGUCACGGAGUGUGGUGUCCAACUAGAAACAGGACAAGAGUAUGUUUUCAAUGCCUUGUUCCGGCCUGAGGUCAAUGAAAUAAGAGGAAGAAUCACAAAGUGUAGCUGGAACGAGAAAUGGGCACUGGUUCCAAAUUUCAUAAAAUUUCCACUACUGGGAGAUUCAAUUAUUUGUCCCCCAUUACUGCCUCCUGCUGAUAUGUAUACGCCUGUAGACCCUGUAAAUUAUCCUAUCUGAAAAUAAGGGGAGAAAUUAUAGUUUUAUGUAAAAGAUAUAUUAGUCUUCUUAAUGUAGAAAUAUGUAAUAUUAAUUAUAUUUGAAUAGGCAAAUGUAAUAAAUAAAUAAAUGGCAAAUAUAGUAAAACAGAAA